AUGCUACUCGAACUGAUCCUACUCGGACUAGUUGCCUACCUCCUGCUCGCGUGGCAUCGCAAAGAAGUGGAGAAGGGUGGUGAAGGGCUCGGUGCAGCUGGUCCAAUUCUGGAAGAACUUGAAGGCGUCGUUUUCAAGAUCAUCGACAUUUUCAAGAAGCAGGCCAACUCUACAUCCAAAAGAGGAUCUGCAAUAAAUCCUCCAAUGCUUGCUGACGAAGCGCCGACCCAGAAGACAAAUUCUCCGCGGAUCGCUCAAGUCGAAAAGUUUGAAAGUGUCCGUCAGCCAAGAGAGAAGAGUCGCUCCAAACAUCACACCAGACAUCGUUCGAAGAUGGACAGUGCUCUCAAAGCUGCACAAAAAUGA